UUGGCCUGGAUUAUGGUCAUUUUCGUUUGAUUUUAUUGGAAAUUAAAUUAUAAUUAAAGUUUUUAUUCAGAUAGAAUUAAAUCAUAUUUUAAAAUUAAAAUGGAUAAUUUAGGUUCAGAAGUUGGCCAGAAAAUGAGAUGUGCAGUAAAAGCUAAACUCAUUGAACUGGGUAGUGGAGGAGGAUAUAUUGAUGAUGAAUUGCCUGAUUAUGUUAUGAUUAUGGUAGCAAAUAAACGUUCUAAGCAACAAAUGAUAUCAGAUUUGAAUUUAUUUUUGGGUGAAAAUACCGAGCUCUUUGUCACUUGGUUAUACGAAGUACUACAGAAACUUCAGGAAGUAACAUUGCCACCUAAUCCGGUUGUACGUAAGGAAACAAAAAGAAAAGCCUCCGGAAGUGAGGAUAAAUCAAUUUCAAAACGCGAUAAAAAAGAGCAUAAGAAAGAGAAGAAAAAUAAAAAAUCUUCAGAAAAAGCAGAAGAAAGGACAACACCUCCUCCAGCAAUCACUGAUGUAUUCGCGGAUCAUUUAUUAGAGAAGGCUAAAAGUACUCUUCCAAUUGAUACAUCUAUUGUAAAAAAGAGAGAAAAACCUGUUUCGCACUCCAUGAAAUCACAUUCUUCCAAAUCUAAUUCAGAAAAUAAUACUCCUAACGAAUUUGAUAUUCCAACCAUAACAGAAAUUCAAGAAAAUAAUAACGCUAAUAAUGUGAGUAAAAAAAGAGAACAAGAUUUAGCGGAGUUGGCAGAAAUCCAAAAAAAAAUAUAUCAAGCAAAACGUCAAUUGAAAAAUUUUGAUGAAUUAGAUGAAAGCGAAGAUGAAGACUUUCUAAACUUGAAAGAAGAUGGCGAUGAGUUCGAUGAUUUUGAAAAUAAAGAAACUCAUCCAAACAUGAAUUUAAAUAAAAAUAAAAAAAGAAAAAGUCCUGUCGUUUUUGAACGAGAUACUGAAAAUGAAAGUGAUAUUAAAAAUAAGACUGCCAACAAUAAGGAUAAUAAGAAACGUGAACCUAUAAUUUAUUUGCCCCCUCAGCGAAGAAAUGAGCGGGAAAUUGAAAUAUCCUUGAAUCGGAAAAUUCAAGAUAAUAAAAUUAUUCAAAAGCCAGUCGAAAAAGACAAUAAUCGGGAAGAAAUUCUUAAAAGAAAAUCAGUACAUGAACGUUUAGGUUUAAGAAUUCAAAAAUCUUUUGAUAAUUCUAGCAAACUGUCUUCUUCGCAACCAGAUAUUGAAAAUCUACAAAAUAAAAUAAAAAUAAGCAAGGAAAGAGAAGUUGAAAAUCAUUCUCCAAAUAGAGCUUCAAGUUCAAUGGAAAGGGGUAGACUCGUAUCACGUGUAAUUGUAGCUGCAUCCAAACAUACUUCGAAUUCAGAAAAUGAGGAAGAAGAUGACAAGCCACUCAAUUCUAUUAUAAAAAUUAAACCAAGACCAAAUGUUUCUCCAAGAAGGCAAGCCUGUAAGAAUUUGUUAUUAAGAGCUGUAGCUGAAGCACAACGAUCAACAAUUUUGCGUUCAGAUGCAAAAAUACGGCGUAAAUCAUCUUCACCUGAUAAUAAAAGAAAUCAUAAACUUUACAGUAAAUCAUUUCGCGAUAGAAAUAGGAACGAUGUUAUAAAACGAAAUAAGAGUAAUAUAGUUAUUGAAGUAAAUUCUAAAUUUGUUUCGAAUGAUAAAAGAAGGCAUCAAAGUAGUGAGAGGGAUGGAGAAGAAUAUGUACCAGAACCUAUUUCAGAUCGCGGAGAUUCCGAUAAUAAUGAUUAUGUUUACGUGCCAAGAACUAUAAAUAAUGAAUUUGGCGAUGAAGAUGAUGACAUUUACUUUGAUAAAUACGAAAACGAUGUCGAAAUAGAUUCCAGCAACACUCAAUUUGUUGUUACUAUGAAUGAAAAAAAUGAUAAAUAUGGCAAAAAGUACUCGACUAAAAUAAAUGAACCAAGUUUAAAACUACCACAAAGUGCAAAAUUUAAAGACCCAAAAAAUAAACCAGUCUCAGAAAAAGGAACUAAUACUGAUAAACCUGAUAGAUUGCAACUUCUGGCUAAAAAAAUAAAAGAUAAAAAAUUGGCUGAAAGAAAUAAUGCUGAAAGACAUGGACUUGUAACAAAUAAAAAUAGCAAAGAAAUUAAAAGAAGGCAUGCUAAUACUAGGGAAGUUGGUGAAAAUGAUUUUGAUAAAUCACUCACUCCACCACUUGAAGAUUUUAUCGCAGGUGAAAAUACAGAAAAUAAAAGAAGUCCACCAAAGAGAAAAAGAAUUUCAAUAACACCGACAAAUAAGAUAGACGAUUUAGAUGAUAAUCAUGAAAAAUCAUUAAAGUCAAAUGAAGAAGGUAGAAAAGUUUCUACUAAAAAAAUGGAAAUUGUUAAGAAAUAUGAAAAAAUUCCGGAACUAUCAGCUGUUCCUAUUAAAAAUGCUUUAAAACCAAAACCAAAAGAAAGAUGUAAAUUUUUCCCACUAUGUAGUAAUGGAGAUUGUGAAUUUUUUCAUCCAUCAGCAUUAUGCAAAUCAUUUCCUAAUUGCAAAUAUUUUGCCGAUAAAUGCCUUUUUAUACAUCCAAAAUGUAAAUUUGAUUUAGCGUGUCAAAGAAAUGAUUGUAAUUUUACACAUAGCAUUGUGAUGUCAGCACCGCAAGUGGCACCACCAUUAUCAUCUCACGUUGUUCCGGUUCAAAAUUACAAAACAAUCACAACAACACCACUUCCAACAAUGUGUAAAUAUUAUCCAAAUUGUUCUAAUACAAAUUGCACAUUCUAUCAUCCAAAACUAUGUAGAUUUGGAAAAAAUUGUUUAAAUAAAAUUGAAUGUAAUUUUUAUCAUCAUGAGAUACCAAAUCUAAAAGACAAAUUCAAAUGGGUUGCAUCGAAUGCCUAAUUAAUUAAUAUUUUGUUUGUAGUAUCAAAUAUAAUAUGUAUAAAUUUAUCAAUAUAUUUAAAUAUAUGUACUGUAUUUGCAGACUUGUAUUUAUAUUAGAUAAAACAAAAAAAAAAAAAAAUAAAAAAGGAAAUUGCAAUUGGAAAAUUGAAAAUAAAUCUUUAGCUUUAGGUUAUUUUAAAUAAAAUAUUUAUUUAAAUAUUUCAAAGUUGUAGAAGAAACCAGUAAAUUAAAAAAAAAAAAAAAGGAAAAAAAAAAUAAAACUUAAAACAAAUAACAAUGUAUCCCCGUAAUGGAAGUUAGUUUUAACACACAAUGAAAUAAAAUUUUUAAAAAAUUUAGGUAAGAAUAUUAAAAAUUUAAAUUAUGAAAGUCAUAUGUAGAAAGAAAACAAAAAAAUUAUUAUGCAGAAUUAUUCAACACAAGA